UUUGUGAUCUAGCCUUUAAUUCGUCUUAUCUUUGUGCACGCGUUUCUUCAAAUAGUUCUUCGUCUGUCUGUUUCAACCCUUUUGCGUUUUUUCAGAAUGGAAUUUAUUAUCUUUUUUCUCUUCUGAUUGUUUUUUUCGCACUUUGUUUAUGUGUUCAAUUUCGUUUUCUUGCCUUUAAUCGUUGCUGUUGCAAAUAAUUUACUAAAAUUUCACCAAUUUUUCAGAUUCACUAAUCGCUUUCUUUUUUACGCUUCAUUCCAACUAAUGAACAACUUGCUACUGGCAACUAAAAUUAUUCGCGACUGAAAAUGCUGAAAGUGCGCAAAUUAACAAAAUUAGUCGGAAAUUGAACAACAAUUCAUAACAAACAAAGAAACGAUACGUUGAAUUGAGAGACUUUGCUAGGAACUAUUGAAAUUCAAUACUUGUAAACAAAAUAAACUAAAUGCAACAACGAUGAAAUGGAAAAAACAGAUGAGAAUGACACUAAACGACUUGUUCUCCUGAGCGAAGUUGUAAAUAUGACUACAUACACACGAUGGUACGAUUCGCUGGCUGUUUUUCGCUUUUUGUUUGUUAUUAUUCUAUUUGAAUCUGUAUUUUUCACUCUACACAUGUGCUGCUGCUGUGUGUGUAUGCGAAUGCAAACAUUGCAACGGAUCAACGUGAAGUUGGUUCGAAUGGAGUUUUGUCAAUAAUUCGCUUCGCGCGUUUUCAAUGCAUUAGAAUAUUGCAGUUUUUAUGAAGUUAUCGAAGGUUUAUUUCUAUUGGAAAUUCAAUUUGAUGUUAGAAUGGGAAAAGUAAUUCAAGUUUCUGAAUACUUUCAUUCAGUAGAAUAGUUCAAAAAUACCAUAUUUUCAUACACAUCUGAACGGCUGUUUACCAUUGACGACGAAGUGUUCUCUAAUUUUCGCCGUGCUGUUCGAGCGAGACGGAAGACAUAUGUCAAUAUACUGUGCUGUGCAUUUGUGUGGGAUUCGAAUGGCUUUAUCCAUACAUUCGGCGCAUUUAAACUCGCAAGCAAAAUCGGUCCGAAGGGUCUUUCCGUUCGGUUUCUCUCUUUCGUCCGCUGGCAGUGUGUCGGUGUUGGAUUUCAAUGUCAAUACUCGGCAGUGUCAUUUCUUUCAUUCAAGAGCUAGCUAGCUGUGUGUAAGUCUCUUUUCGCUCAGCCGUACGCUCUGAAUCGCAAGCUAGCACACACACACACACACACACGCACAAUUGCAACCGAAUAUCUUUCGGAUAUGAUGUUGUAAGAUUGUGUGUAUAUCGCGCGCGCACCCGUUAAGAAGGAGGAUACAUGAGCAUACGAACGACACAUUGAAUUCGCGUUGAUUCGACCGCACCAACGAGUCGUUCAGUUUUGAAUGUUUCAUACGCUGAACGUAGCUAGUACCACACACAGCAUUACAUUUGUCUCUUUGCUUCUUCAUCGUCGUCGACGACGUUGUGUUCUCUAUUUUCUUCGUUCGCAUUCUAACAUUAAUCAUCACAACAAAAAUAUUGUGAGUGCGUUUUUUUUUUCGUUCCUUUUCUCUGGUGUGCGAACGUACGCGGAGCCGUUGAGUGCGCAACGACGGAGAGUGAGCAAAAAAUAAUAUAAAAAAAAGAGAGACGAGACGAGAAGAAGCGGAGAAGUAGAAAGAAGAGAAGAAAAAAAAAGAAACACACAUCGUACAUUGGUGGCUGAUGUGUUCCAGUGACGAUGAUUCCAGUUUUCAAUAUCAAUCGUUUUAUCGCUUCGGUCGGGUGUUGAAUGAAUGUACGAUUUUGUUUUCUUCGCUAAACGCAAAUUAUUUUCUACAUCGUACGUUUCGCUUAAACUACCAAAUUGAUAUUGUUAAGAGACAAAACUCACUGCAAAAGCAUCGAAUAAAAAUCGAUAAACAUUGUGUAAAACAAAAAUAUGAGUGAAUCAGUGGAUUGGCAUUGGUUUUCAAAGUGACUCAGAGAUGAACGAUUCAAUUGUGCAAAUAAAAGUGUUUUUUUUUCUUCUUGACUAGUACGAGUUAAGUGUGACUGAUAGAGUUCAGUAGAAGUGAAGAGAAGGAAAAAUUCAAGUGCAUGCCAAUUAUAUGCUGAAAUUCAUUCUUUGCUACUUUUGGGGAGCUAACAUUGAACCAACAUCAAUUUCUAUUGUGUUCCCACACUGAAAAAAAGAACAUACAAACAAAUUUCAUUCGAAACAAAUACACAAUACUUGCAUCGCAGGACACAACAAUGAUGAUGACGAUGAAAAAAUAUUGUGCGAGGAGGAGGAAGGAAAAAACGAAUUAACAAUAAAUAAGUGAAAAACGAGACAAACAGAACGAAAAAACAUAAAUAUUCAUUUCACGUUACGAAUUGAUUCGAGUGUAGCCAAACAGUGUCGAGCAAAACGACGUCGACUAACGAAUUAUAUGAAAGAAGGAAAAAAAAUAUAAUGAAAAUAUAGAGAAGCAGCAGUAACAGUGCAGAGAGAGAGAGAAGUAAGGAAAAAAAGGCUCGAGAGUUCAAAUAAAACAACGAACAAGAAGAAUAAAUUGUACUUGAAGACGUCAAUGACGGAACUGCCGAAGAAUUAAUUUUACUACUUUAAUAUUUGUUUUCUCGCUUUAUUAUUAUUUUUCGGUGCUAAAGUUCUGUUUUUUCUGUUCCUACGUUUUUUUUAUACUGUCAUCAUCUUUCCCAUUGAUGACAUUUGUGUGCAGUACGUCGCAGUUGUGACUGAUUGUUUUAUUGAAAAUGCGUCUUCUUGACGCUCGUUUCCCGUUUUCAAUUGCUUGUGUAAAAAGUUUUUCAAUUUUUUAGUCGGGAAAUUAUUGUUUGUUGUGCGGACAUUAAAUGUUAGUUCAUCGUCGAAGGCACACACAUAUAUAUACUGUGGAAACGCGCGAGCGGUGUUACCAAACACGCAUUUAAAAAAAAGGGUUCAAUGUACAAAAAGUCGUUUCGUAUCGUGAUUCGUAAUCGUCCUAUCGGUCGACCGACGAUAGAAUAGCAAUAGAAUCAUUGUCAAUCCAAAGGCAUUUUCGGAGUGAGAAAUAGAAGGAAAGAAAAAAAAACAUUUUCGUGAUUGUGUGUAUAUUGUCGUCCCCAUCUAUUUUUCAUUAUCGGAUUUGCUGCUGUCGUCCAAUAAAUGUGUAUAUAUAGUUAAACACUCUAUAUAUAUAUAUUCUCCAUAUUCUGCUCCAUCGUCAGCUCCAAAACUAUACACCGCCGAACAAAAAAGCCACUGAAAUCGUGAGCCACUCGACGAAAUCCAUAUAUGAAAUCAUUUUGUGACACACACACAUACACACGACAACAAGCAAAAGAAGAAACAAAAACAAAAAACCCAACCGACCAAACGACGUAUAUUUAUAAAUAAUAACUAUUAUUUUUAUCGGUGUGUAUUGUGAAAUGCCAAUGACGACAACUACGUCGACUGACACACAAAAAUCGGUAACAUCAUAAUUCGAUCUAAUCCACCAACCAAUAAACGUACCAACGAACAAACGAACAUAAACCCUCCUGUAUGCUAAUAAUAAAUAUUCAACUAUGUUCGGAGAUAGACACUUAUACAUUGUAUGCCAUUGGAAAUAGAUCAAACGAAGCGACCACACACUCUAUGAUAUGUGAUGGGAAAUAAAAAAUAUGGAGAGCAAAAGAAACAACAGCAACAGCUACAGCUACAGCUACAGCAAUAGUAAAAGAAGAGCUCCAAUUUAUCAAGCCCGAACAAAUAUCAACAAACACAAAAUAUCUAUCAAAUGUGUGUAUCUAUAUCUCGUUAACUGAAUUGAUUUUUCUUUAAAACGAUAUUUUUCGAGACUAUGUAAGCGUGUGAGUGUGUUUUAAUUGGUGCUUGUGACGCGCACGACGACGGCAAAGUACAAAAUCGACUUACUUAACUACAGAAAAAGCACAAAACAAACAAAGAGAUAGAUUCAAAGUGCCAAUAGAAUGAUGAAUUGUGCAAAUGAAUACAAAAUAAUUUACACUUGCAAUUCGGUUUUUGUGUGAAAAAAGAUAAUCGUCGCCUAGAACGAAACCCAACUGUGUGCACAGUAAAAACAAAAUUCGGAAGAAGUGUAAACACAUUGGUCUCUCUUUCCAAGAAAAACGGAAACGAAUCAAGCCCUUUUUUUCUCUCUGUUUCGGCUCAAUUGAAAACGAAAAGAAAGAAAAAGAAAAUAUAUAUAAAUAUAUGAGCUGUAUAUAGUUAUUAAGAAAACAAAAGUUAAUUCUAAUGUAAAAACGAAGUGAAGUGAAACAGAAAAAAAAUCGCGUAAAAAGUGAAACCGAAAUAGUUAAUAAGUGUGGAGAGCGAAAAAAAAAAUUGUUUGUAGCUGUCGUCAUCUCGAUUCGUACAUCAAGCGAUUCAGUCAUCAUCGAUGACUGUGUGUUCAUUUUGUUCGUUUAUUUGCUGGUGGCUUGCGUGCACACACACAUUCCAAGGCAGCGAAUUUCGAUUUUGGCGAUGCAUCAUUCGUACAGUCGAACAUUGCACGCAUUCGUACUGAAAUAUUCCGCCGCAAAUGGAAUCAAACCGUGUCGAAACUCAACGCCACACUGAAUGACGACGACCGACCGACCGACGACGUCAAGAGUAUAUAAAUCAGACAGCCAAAUAAAAGUUCAAAUUAACAACAAGCGAGAACGAAAGCAGAAAAAAACGCGAAGAGAAGAAAUAAACGAAUCACUCGACCAAAAAGUAACUACAACAAAUAAAAAAAACAUACAGAGAAGAAACAAUCGCCCCACAAUGUCCUUUUACUUGAAAAAUGACGAUGUUGAUUUGAAUCAUCAGUCGCCACAAAGCGGUUCGAACAGUCCGUCGGCCGCACUGAACAAUAGUCACAAGCAAAAUAAUUCGCGAAAUACGAAAUUAGCGCGGCGUGCUCGAUCAUUCAAAGAUGAUUUUAUCAGUAAACUAUGGGUUCGAGCACCGAAUAUCAACACAUUGCCCCUUGGCCGAUCUCAUUCGCCGAACAGUCCACGGAACAAGCUAACGAAAGGCAAUCACUAUUCAACGGAUGGCGGAGACAGUAAUCACAAACCGUUACACGAUCUAAAUUACCAUGUGCGACAAGUGAAAAAUGCGCUAAAACAUUUCAAAGGUGUUAUCUCACGGAAUCGACUGGAGGUGUUGCCAGCCAACGGUACGGUUGUUUUGGAAACGAUUGCCAAUGUGCAUACGGCUCUGCAACCGUACACAUUAAAUGAAAAUAGUAGUGCAAUCAUUUCGGCAACGACACAAGUCUAUCAAUCAUUGGGCAAACUAAUUAAGCUAUGUGACGAAGUGUUGCUAAGCGAAGACAAUCCGCAUUGUGCAUCGUUGAGCCAAGAAAAUGUCACCGAAGUCGUUGAACUGGUGGAAAAAGCCGUUCAGAAUCUGGUCGAAAUAGCCAAUGAAAAGGUGAUGGAACGCGAGAAAAAUGGCAUUCUAUCAACGAAAACCAAUACAAAUAACAAUUUAUUACAACGACCCGAGGUAAAUUGUCAGCGUACAUCACUUCCAGAUAUCCCGUUAACACCGCGCGAACGUGACAUUUUGGAGCAAUCGCAAUCGAAAAAUUUGCGAACAUCACAUAGCAUCGAAAGUAUGCUUCGCGAUUCUAGUCCACCACCAAAACCACCAUUACCCGAACGAGCAAGCAAUCCGCCUCCGCUUCCACCGAAAAGGAAAAUCCAACCGAAACUGGUCGGUAUUCAGCUGUCGCCGCAGCAACAAACUCAAUCCGUCACUGAUUUGGACAGUAGCAAUAUCAUUGAUGCAACGCUGCUAAAUUGCGGUUUGGAUCGAAUGUCAUUGCGGUCAAAAUCACCUGACGAUAAUUCCAGUCUAUUAAGCACCAGUUCACUCGAUUCCGCACUCAACCAUUCACGCGAAGAAGAUGAACUCAAAGCGCUCACAUGCAACGAUCAUCAGAACGAUGAGAUUACAUUGCGAGAGGAUAUCGAUAAAUUUUUCGAACAAAAAGGCAAUUGCAUUAGAAGCGAAGUGACCGAUUCGAUUGGACCAAUCGCAUCAAUAACCGAAUUAACCGUUGAGCCACGACGAAAUCCACGUGAAUCACAAGAAUCGGGUUUUCUGUCGAUGCAAUCGGUACGAGCGAGUAUGCAGAGCUUUACGGCCAAGCGGCUGUCAACGGAACAGCAUAGAGAAAGUUUAAUUAAUUCAUCGACCGUUUUGGGUGGGAAAUCGUUGAAUGUGGCCAAUAUGUCGAUCAUGAAUAAUUCAGUGCAAAUGACGACGACGGCGACAGCCACUGCUGCCGCGGCAACAAAAACGAUGACGAGCUUCGGCAAUGAAAUUAGCAACAAUGUGACAUCGAAAACAUCGAUAAGCAGUGCCAUGGCAAAGAAAUCGUUUAAAAAUGAGAACUAUGUACAAAUGGGCAACUAUGACAUGCUCAGCUUCAACGUAGACAGUCUGGAUGGCUAUGACAAUUAUGCGGAAGCAGUACGAGUAUCUAAAUCAAAGAGUGUGGAACAUCGACUGCUGUCCAACACAUCGACCAGCAGCACAUUUGAGUUUAGCGAUGACAAUUGCAUUGCUGAAGAUGAUGAAGUGAUACCAGAACUUCCACCGAAUUUGCCACCUAAAACACGGGGACGUUUGAUGCGACGAGACCGAUUGUCCACAUAUGAUAAUGUCGAUGAAACCGACGACUUUCCAAAUCAUAUGAUGUUCAUUCCGAUGAAUCAUCCGAAGCACACGAGCAUGAUUGAACCGCGCCGUCUUAAUCACUUCGGAGACGAAUCAGAUCAACCACCACCACUCCCCGUGAAGAAGAAGCACAUGUUUCAAAGUGUGGCCUAUUCGGUUAUGGCUUACAUGGAAAUGUUCGGGAAUUGUUCGCACACAUCGGAGUUUGUGCGCCAUUCGGUGCAUACAUGCAAUUCGAAUCAUCAUUCAACGAGCUCCACCAGUGUGGAUCAGUUAACGACGAACAGCAGCCAACAGCAGAAUAAUCGUUAUAUUUCGCACAGCCAAACGAUGAGUCUCUCACCGUUGCGUCGCCAAGUGAUAAUGGAAUCAACGGAUUCGUUAGCAUCGCAUGCGUCUUUGCCGCCAAAAAUCUUUGAGAAUCCCGACUAUCGGCCACCACCAGCACUUCCACCAAAACGGCUUCGAACCGCAUCGAGACUCAAUGAUUUGAACAUUACACCACCGUCUAGUCCGAAACUCAUCCUAAGCGAAUCCAUUGAAACUCCAACGAAUAAUGAUUUAUCUAGUCAAAGCAACAACAACAAUGUGCUGAACAACAAUCGCAUCAAAUUGGAUAAUAACAUGUUAAUGAAAGCGAACGUUCUACCACCAUUGGUGCCAGCACCAGUAUCACCCUCAUCAAACUAUGUGCAAAUCUCAACGUCAACCAUUAAUGCAGCAGCUGCGGCGGCCGAAGCAGCCAAACAAAAUCACGACCAAUCACCAAUUUCACCAACGAAAUUCACAAGCAAUAUUGAGCAAUCGGUGUCGAAUAAUGUGCCAUCGGGUGCGAAUGGUGUGACGGUGAAUAAUGACGUAAGAGUGAUUUAUACGAACGUUAACCUUUUAAGUACGACUAACAACCGAUCGUCAGUCGAUGACGACACACAAUACAUACAGUUGUAUGGUGGUAGUAGUGGUGAUAAUGAUCAAGAUGAAAAAUCGAAAUCGAUCCACACAAUCGAAAGUGAUAGAUAUACUGAAAACACUACCAAGGAUAACAACCGGUGUGCAGUACAACCGAACAAAAGUAGCCAAUUCAUUAACAAUAAUAAUAAUUCGAUUAACGAUAAAAAUGCCGAUGAUGAAGAGGUGGUCUUGCGACGUCCUCAAGCUUCAUCUAACAGUAGCUUAAAGAUUGACUCGGGCAAUGGGUCACCAUCAAAGUGCGAGCAAAGCAGAUUGAUUGAAGAGAUCGAUGUGCAAAAGUACUUAGUCUUCAAGAAGGACGGUGAGGAUGGGCCAGAUGUCAAGGGCGGGGAAUUGGAAGCACUGAUCGUACAUGCAACUAAAGUGCAGAAAAUUUCCGAAAACGAAUUAUCUAUUAGUCUGGAGCAGAAUGCUUUUGGCGAGGCAUUCAUCACCACGUUCCGUACGUUCAUUGUUCCGUUGGAUUUGAUUGAGAAACUCACCCAUCGCUACUCGAUAUUCUGUUGCCAAAUCAACGAGAUCAAACAAAAAGCAGCUAAAGAAUCGUUCUCACUCUUGGUGCGAGUUGUUAAUGACCUAACUGCACCAGAUUUGACUCCACACAUUCUUGAACUUCUGAAUGAAUUCGUAUAUCAACUGGUUUGCUCAGGUCAAUUGAUGAUGGCUAAAUUGCUACGUAACUGUAUUCUUGAGAAGUAUAUGUUGUUCAAACAACAAAAAUGGUCUCCGCACAACAAAAUCCUCAGUGUUAUUACAAAUCCUCCAUCACUUUUGGAUCUCAAAUCAGCUGACAUCGCUGAACAAAUGACACUUUUGGAUGCGCAAUUGUUCCAGAAAAUCGAAAUACCGGAAGUUUUGCUUUGGGCACAGGAGCAAUGCGAAGAAAGGUCACCAAAUCUUACACGAUUCACCGAACAUUUCAACAAAAUGUCCUAUUGGGCUCGUUCGCAAAUUCUCAAACAAGAAGAUAGCAAAGACCGAGAGAAGCAUGUGAUUAAAUUCAUCAAAAUCAUGAAACAUCUUCGCAAAAUCAACAAUUAUAACUCAUAUUUGGCUUUGUUGUCAGCGCUUGACUCGGCACCAAUUCGAAGAUUGGAAUGGCACAAAACAAUAACCGAAGGACUGAAAGAGUACUGUGCUUUAAUAGACAGUAGCUCAAGUUUCCGAGCUUAUCGGCAAGCAUUGGCCGAAACCAACCCACCUUGUAUUCCAUAUAUUGGUUUGGUUCUACAAGAUUUGACAUUUGUGCACAUUGGUAAUCAAGACUAUUUGAGUUCCGGCAUUAUCAAUUUCUCGAAGCGUUGGCAGCAACACAAUAUCGUUGUCAAUAUGAAACGGUUCAAAAAGUGUAGUUCAUAUCCAUUCAAAAAGAAUGAGCGAAUCAUUGAAUUUUUCGAUAAUUUCGAGAAUUAUUUGGAUGAAGACGCCAUGUGGCAAAUAUCAGAGACAAUCAAGCCACGCGUUACACGGAAACCGAUUUCACAGCCAUCUACUUGAUAAAAUGGCUCUAAAGUCACGGGGCCAACAUAGAAAUAAACAUAAAAUGAAGACUUUCCACUGGAAAGGCUAUUUAUGGAAAUUGAAUCAACAAAGUGUCAAAAUUGGCACGGAUUUUAGCGAAAAGCAUGACUUUCGCAUUAUCACUUUUAUUCAUACUCAUGUGGAAUAGUGAAACAACAUACGGAUGGAUUUGAAAUUCAAAUGAUAAGCUUACCUGAUAUUUUAAAGUGACAUAGACAGUAAUGCAGCAUGAGUGUUUUCGUAUCGUGUAUCGGCAUCCAAUUGUGUUUUGUAAAAUUUUGGUUUUACAACUAAAAAGUGAUACAAGAUAUAUAUGUAAUUUGUGCGAUGAUUUUGGUCAAAAUGAUCGCCCCACAUGUGCGCCAAAAAAACCAUUUUCUUUUUUGAUGCAGCAUUCCAAGAAAAAUGUAUUCAAUUAUUUAAUCAGCGACGAUUAAAGUGGUAGUAAUUAUUUUCUCUUCUAAAUUGAUAAAUCAACAUUUGGGAGACAAAACAAGAAAAAUGUCGAGAACAAAAGGAAUAGCGUCUAGUCUAUUAUUUGUGUAGUGUUAAAAAAAAAACAAAUUUUGUGUGUAGUUUGAAAACAAUUUUAGAAACAAUACCAAAACUCAUAAGUUAUUUUGUAAUUUGAUUUAAAUUUUACGUUAAUGACAAACAAAGAACAAGUUCACAUUUGUAUAGAAAGAAAAAGACAGUGAAAAAGUGACAAAAAGUGAAUGGUUUGGCUCAAAUGCAAUUUGAUUGCUUUAAGUUUCGAUUUAAAACAGAAAAAAAUUAUUAUUAAUCCAAAAAUUGGCCCAAAAUGAACAACAAAAACCAAAAUUUGAGAUUAGAGAUGAACUUUCAGAAAGUUCGAAUGGAACGAGAGGCAGAAUAAAAUGCUUUUUAUUCGUAAUAUUCAAUUUCUUGUGUUAAGUUAAACACAAUUAAUUCUUUAUGUAAAAUCGGCAACAGCAACAACUGUCCAUGAAACAAAAUUGAAAAACAAAAACCUAUUUUUAGACGACACUAUUUUGUAAUGAUGUACAGUUUCAUAUUUAUUUCAAUUGCAAGUUACAUUUUGUAACCGAUUCAGUUUUUUUUUAUAUAAAUUGAUUACGUUUUUUUUAUUGGUUUCAAUGUUGUAAAAAGAUAUUUAUGUUUUAUUUGAAACUCUUUUUGUUUUUUAUUUUAAUUUAAACCUCAAUUUUUUUAAUCCAGAAUUUUGUAUUUAAUUUGCUUGUAACAACUUAAGUUUAAGAUAUACUUAUUGGAUAACCAUGCCAAAUGAAUAUGUUGAAUAAUAAUAAUCAUUUUUAUGUGCAA